UGGAAUUCUAGGCCACGGUAUUUAUCUCGUCUGCCUCUCCCAUUUUUUUCCUUUUCCCUCUCAGAGAAAAUCCAAGAUCACUGCUUCUCGCAAACUCAUGCUCAAGAGUUUGAUGCUGGCCAAAGCUAAGGAGUGCUGGGAACAAGAGCACGAGGAGAAGGAGGCUGAGAAGGCCAGAUACCUGGCGGAAAGGAUUCCUACACUCCAGACCCGAGGCUUGUCACUCAGCGCCCUGCAGGACCUGUGCAGGGAGCUGCAUGCCAAGGUAGAGGUUGUAGAUGAAGAGAGGUAUGACAUUGAGGCCAAGUGCAACCACAACACCCGGGAGGUGAGGACUUCCAGAGAUGGAGGGAAGCCCUAA